AUGGAGCCAGUAAAGGUGGCUCAAUUAGCUACUGAAUGGCAGAAUGAAUUUAUGAGAUUGGCAUGUUCGAAGUACGGGUUGAAUACAGCUGCUGUACAUAACAGGGUCAGUUGGAAACCUCUGCAGCAGGGGCACCUCAAACCGAAUUUUGAUGGGGCUUGUGAUUCAAAAAAUGGAAUUUGCGGUCUUGGGGUAGUGUUCAGAGACAACCAAGGAGUUCUGAAAGGUGCAUUGGCAAUUCCACAAAUUGGUAAUCUGUCCCCAAGACCAGUGGAAGCAUUAGCAUUACUGCACGGUCUCAGAUUUGCAGAUCAUGUUGGCUUCACCAACCUUGAAGUCGAAGGUGAUGCCCUCUCAAUCAUCAACGUCUUGCAAGAUAGUUCAGAGGAUCUUAGUCCUGAAUGUCAUUUAAUUGACGAAGUUGAGUUUUUAUUUCAGUCUUUAUCUAUUUGUAGUAACCAUUUUGUGAAACGAGAAGGCAACAAGGUUGCUCAUCGCUUGGCAAAAGAGGCUUUAAAAGUUAGUCAACCUUUACUUUAUUUGAAGUCGGGGCCUAGUUGGCUUCAUCAGUGUGUCAGUAUAGAUUUCCAAUGUGAAGUCUAG